ACUUUGACUUAGACCAUGCUGCGGCGAAAAAGCGAGUUUUUUGUUUUCCUGGAGAGCGUCCGCUCCUCGAAGGCGGAGGAAACGGAGGAGCCGAAGGUAGAGCCGGCGAGCGCGUACGAGGAGUAUCUGCAGUUGCUGAUGCAGAUGAAGACGACGAGCGGCGAUCAGUUUGACAACUUGGAGAAGCACACACAGUGGGGGAUCGAAUACGUGGAGAAGUACACCAAAUUUGUCAAGGAGAGGUCGGAGAUUGAAACCAGCUAUGCAAAACAAAUUAGGAAUUUAUCAAAGAAGUAUCAACCCAAGAAGAACUCACGGGAGGAGGAUGAGAGCAAGUACACCUUCUGUCGAGCCUUCCUGACGUCCCUCAACGAGUUGAACGACUACGCGGGUCAACACGAGGUCAUCGCGGAGAACCUGACGUCUCAAAUCAUCACCGACCUUUCGCGCUUCCUGCAGGACCUCAAGGCCGAGAGAAAAUCGCACUUCCACGAUGGCCGUAAGGCACAGCAGCACAUCGAGAGCUCGUGGAAACAGCUGGAAUCGUGUAAAAGGAAGUUUGAGCGGGACUGCAAGGAGGCCGACCGAGCGCAGCAAUACUUUGAGCGGAUGGACGCCGACAUCAACGUGACGAAGGCCGACGUGGAAAAGGCGCGACAACAUGCUCAGUCCAGGCAGCAGAUGGCUGCAGACAGUAAGAGCGAUUACUCCUCCUACCUGCAGAAGUUCAACCAGGACCAGAGUGAGCACUACUUCACCAUCAUCCCCAACAUAUUCCAGAAACUUCAAGACAUGGAGGAGAAAAGAAUUGAUAGGAUAGGAGUGUGCAUGAAGACGUUUGCGGAAGUGGACCGACAAGUGUUGCCCAUCGUGGGGAAAUGUUUAGACGGCAUGACGAAGGCCGCCGAGUCCAUCGAUUCCAAGACUGACUCCAAGCAGGUGGUGGAGUCCUUCAAGUCCGGGUUCGAGCCGCCGGGCGACGUUGAGUUCGAGGACUACGGCCAGGCCAUGAAGCGGACGGUGUCCAACACCAGCCUGACCAGCUCCAGGGAGGCCAAGGACAAGCCGGUGGGCAAGAGCAAGGUCAAGCUGUGGCCCUUCAAGAACAAGAACAAGUCUCCCAAGCAGCACAAGGAGCCCCUCUCCCACCGCCUCAACGACUUCAUGACCUCCAAACCCAAAAUGCACUGCCUCCGGAGCCUGAGGCGAGGGCUAUCGCUCAAGCUGGGCUCUGGACCGGAGGACUUCAGCCACCUGCCACCAGAACAGAGGAGGAAGAAGCUGCAGGGGAAGCUGGAUGAACUGAACAAGGACAUUCAAAAAGACAUGGACCAGAGGGACGCGCUAACUAAGAUGAAAGACGUGUACGUGAAGAACCCUCAAAUGGGGGACCCCACCAGCGUGGACCCCCGGCUCUAUGAAAUAGCCCAGAGCAUCGAGAAGCUCCAGUUCGAGGCGCAGAAAUUCGAGGGCUGGCUGGCGGAGGUGGAGGAGAGGAUGCCGUCCAAGAGCGACACCAACCGGAGAAGCGGACUCUUUGAGACCCAGAACAACGCGCCAGCGAGCAACAACGCGCCAGCGAGCAACAACUGCGCGCAGGACCGAGAGAGCCCGGACGGCAGCUACACAGAGGAGCAGAACACGGAGAGCCAGGUCAAAGCCAGCGGCAACCCCGCGCUGCCCACCUCCAGCACGCCGGAGUUCGACGACGAGUUCGACGACGAGGAGACGCUGCCCACCAUCGGCACCUGCAAAGCCCUGUACCCCUUCGAAGGUCACAACGAGGGCACCAUUGCCGUGGCGGAGGGCGAGCUGCUGUACGUCAUCGAGGAGGACAAAGGAGACGGCUGGACGCGGGUGCGGCGGAACGAGGACGAGGAGGGAUACGUGCCCUCCUCCUACGUCGAGGUCUUUUUGGAAGCAAACGCCAAAGGUGCUAUGACAUACAUUUAACUUGCGCGAGCGUGGUUUUUUUUUUUUUUCGUUUCCAUCCACCAAGGCGGUUCGCUCGGAUGAGAGAA